AUGGAUGAUGAAGAUUUGCUAAAGCGAAACACCGAUUGCGUCCAUUUCAUGGCUACCCCUCCCGCCUGCGACAAGGGACUUGAAUGUGAGUUUCGACACAGCAAGAUUGCGAGGCUCAAUCCGAAAGUUUGCUGGUACUGGUUGGCUGGGGAUUGUCUUAAUCUCUCCUGUGCUUUUAGGCAUCCUUUGUGUUUGAAGCCGUUGGAGGAGGAGCAUGAAGCAGCACUAUCAGAGUCCGCCCCAUCUUCCAUAUCUGCAAACAAGAGCAACGUUCCUUGUUACUUUUACUUGAAUGGGAUGUGCAGCAAAGGUGAUAGCUGCACGUUCUUGCAUGACAUUGAAGGUAGUGUAUCAACUGGGAAAUGUUCGAACACAGCCUCUACAUGUACUGAAGCACUUCCUUCAGAAAACAAGGCAUCUGUAGUAAAUGAAACAGCAUCAGCACCAACGGUUGGACUCCAUCCUAAGCAGUUGAUACAAGAUACAAAAUUCCAUCCUAAGCAGGAUCUUGAUGAUUGGGAACAACCACAGAAAAGUGUUUCUCAUGUUUCUGAAUAUGGGGAUGAAGAGGUUGAUGAAAUUAGAUCAAACCCCUUGCUUCUUCCAGCUGAAGGCUCUAUUCAUAGCAAAUCUCCAGUAUUCACUGAUCAGAGUUCAGAGGAGAGAGCAGAUGACCUUAUUGUGCAAGAUGAAUGGUGGGAAUCAUCUCCGGACUUUGAUGUUAUUGUCGAUAAUUUGGGUGGUGAGGUGAGCCCUGAGUACUUUCCCACACUAGAUGGAGAGCACUGGGAACUAAAUAAGGAGUGGCAUGAUUAUGACAAUCCAGAUGAGUAUGAUCCCAUGUGUCCUGAAAAUAUAAUGUUGGAUUCCAUAUUGUCCCGCAAGAGGAAGCUUAUGCCAAUGGAAGAUGACCAGGAGGGUUUGGAUCUUAGAAACCACCUGAGAAGACGAAGAGUGAUUGAUGAUUGUUCAGUUUCUGGAUUAUCAAGAAUGCAUGAAUCACUUCAGUUAAUUGGUAGAAGGCAAGAAUGGCCUCAAAGGCAUGAUACGGGUCGGCCUGGGAGAUUGGCAUCAGAAGUAGUAAACAGAACUCAUGACACACGCAAGGAGAAUGAAGUGUUUAACAGUGCUGGAAUUCAACGCCGUCCACGUAAGCAUUCGCAGCAGUACAGAUCUCGGAAACUUCGGGAAAGAAGGCUGGCUCAGCCACAGUUUCCUUCAUCUGAAUUCACAAGGAAUCCAGUACCAAGGGAGAAGAGAUCAUCUAAAGAGGAUUUAACUGUCUUUACAGGACCCAAGUCCCUUGCUCAGAUUAAAGAAGAGAAGAAGAAAGCAGGAGAUAAUGGAGGUGGUAUUAGGAAGUCGAGAUGUGUGCAGAGAACUCGAGAUGACUUCCAGGGCCCUAAACCUUUCACUGAAAUACUAAAAGAGAAGAGGAAGAUAGCUGACAGGAGUGGUUCUGGCAGCAACUGAAGAAAAUGUUGUUUGUGACCAUUACUAGGUAGAAUUAGAUUUGUAGAAGUACUUGCUAGAUGAAGAUUGUGCGUGCGUGCAUGCGCGCCUUUUUGCAGAAUCUUACCUGCAUUUUGCGGAGACCUUUUUCAAGGGAGAAGAAUAUAAUGCACUUGAACAUUAGCUUCCUUACAUUCCAGGGUGCUAGAAACUUGUUUGGGAGGACAUCACUUGAGCCUCCGCCUGCCCCCUAACAUCUUAGUUACUAUCAGAAGCCUAACCUCUUCCUAGAGCCGAGCCAUGACAGACUCGUACUCCCGAAAAAGACUUGAAGCCACUGAAAGGAAGCUCGUUUUGAUUUUUGUACAGGAGAGCCAUGUUUCACUGGUAUCGUUUAUGCUCAUAUUUUGCUCAUUUGGUUUCUUUUCUCGCCUAUAUCUGG